AUGUCGAUGCUCCGCUUCCUCGCUAGCGGAGGGGGGAAGGGCAAGAUCCACCCCCCACAGCGCGGCUCAUUGGCCACAGCGACGAGCUCAAACGCCCAAAUCAAGCUCAAGCUCGUCGUGCCCAACUGGGGAGUCAUGUACCUCCCGGCGCCUGAGCUACCACUGGCCGAUGGCGAGGUUCCGCCACGCCACGACUUCCCACUCAACGGCGAACUCGAGGUGACUCUCCCGCCAGGAGGGUCGAAGCGAUGCAAGAGCAUCCGCGUGGGCCUUAAGACUAUCAUCACGCUCGAUUUGGGAGGCAAAAGGCGAUACGAGGAGGACGUGCUGUUCGAGCGCAAAGUCGAGAUUGUCAGCUCGACGGCGGACGGGAUAUGGCUCGAAGAGGGGUUGCAGCGAUUCGACUUUACGAUUAUCGUGCCGGCCGACCUGGCGAGUCAUGACUGGCACACAAAUGGGGUGAUCAGCCAUGUGCUGUAUGCCGAGUUGGAGGGGUUGCCGGAUCCACAUGGGAUGGCGCGGGGCGCGUCGGCCAAUUCGUUGUUUGGGUUGAGGAAGGGGAGCCGGAGCUCUUCGAGAGCACACUCACAGUCGCGGGGGACGUCGCCUGCCUCCCCGUCGCGUUCGCCCGGACCGCGCGGGAGCGUUAGCGGUCCAAGUCGACAUGCGGGGCCCAGCGAGAGCGCCGACAUCCAAGUUGCGCUAAGUAACCUCGCCGCCCCAACGCCGGGAUUCCCGUUCCGCACGCCUGGCUCGUCGCCAGUCCCGAGCCGCUCGACAUCGCCGGUGCGUUCGGCAUCGCCACGCCUUAACCCCGUCCACAUGAGCGGCGCGCACAACCUCUCAAUCACGCGGGAGGAGGAGAUGAUCCUCCCCCGCGUGCCGAGCUACGACGACAGCAUGGCCCAGCUGUCAUUGCAGGACAGUGCGGCCAAUGCCAACGCCAGCCCAGACUGGAUCUUGGGCACGCACGUGGCCAAACGCAACUGCCUGAUCGUGUACAACCCCAACCCGAUGGGCGGGAUCAACGAGCUUGCAGACCAUGCGAGUGGCUACGUCCCCGGCCUUGGCGUGUGGACUUGGCGCAUGGUAUCGGAUGUGUGGUGUAUUGCCGCGCUGCUGUCUUUCGACUUCCACCUGACAGAAAUCUCACCUGCGACUACCGUCUUCUCCGUCCGCCUCCUCCUCAACCAGACUCACAGUAUCGUUUCGCCCCGCGACCCAGAUGGUAAACCACACGAGUUUGUGCGUACCUUCACCAUCAUGUCGGAGGGAAAACGACCGCCAGAGGGCUAUUAUAACCCAGACCUACGACAUGCGGCCAUCUGGCGCGGCAAGGAGGCGAAAGGCAAACGCGAAGGCGGCGAGAUCACAAUCGACAACAAGGUCCGUAUGCCCAACGACAACGUUGCAAGACCCAGCACUGUUCCCGGCGUCGUGACGCCCAUUUCCGUCAGCCAUACCAUGACCCUUGAGGUUGCAUUUAGCGUAUGGGGCGAGGACGACACCGGCAACAAGAUGGACCACCCGACUUUUGGUGGCUUGCGAGUCCUCCGCGUCUCACGGCCGGUUUCGGUUCCUUCGUGUUGUCUCGUGCCAGCCGUUCUCGACCUCCCGACGUACGGGUCGCAUGAGAAGGAUCGCAUUCCCGGCCCGGCGGACGAUAUGCCGACCGGCCUUCCAGGGUGGGAAUGGUGCGCUUGUGGGUGGCAGAUUUCCGAGCUCGAGUCGCGUAUGCGGCAGAGUAUCUUUGCGCAACAGGCUGAGGCGGCUGCGCGGGCGGGCGGUGGAAGCGCGCGCUCGAGCAUUAGCGAAGGAGAUAGCAAAAUGGCAAACGAACGGGAACGUGGGCGGCAGAACAGCCGUUAG